UUCUGCUCUCGCAAGUUACUGUCUAAGAACUGAUAGCUAAUGUGUUGAAUGAUUUGACACCUUCAGCCUUGGAAGCUCCUAAUAAAUGCGAUGAAACCAUUCUCUUUCUACUGGCUACUAGCGCUUGCUAAUUAUUUCAUUUCUAGAUAUAGCAACGGAGUUGUGAAAGCGGUAAAGGUCGCGUUUGUAGAAGACGGUGAGAAGAGAAGGGUAUCCAAGGCGAAGGAAUGGCGGAUAAGACAUCAGGAUGAUGAAGAAGCAAGAUUUGAUCUCCUACAAGUUGGAGACGAGGUUAUGACCUACUUUAGCCCAGACAAACAAUUUUAUCUUGCCAUGCUGAUUGAGCUGGAGACCAAAAAAAUGGCAAGACAAGACAAUCCAAUUAAAGCAGCGAAGAGACAACUUUCGUUGGAUUAUUUGGAAGAGGCUGUCAAUGUUGAAGCCAAGAAAAUUGCAAGCAAAAAGAAAAUGUCUUCAGUGGCCAGUGCCAAGGCUAUGGAAAGAGACAUUGUCUUGGGUAGCUCAACUAAAGAUGAACUGGACAAUGACAUGGUCUACUGUGUUUCUGUGGAGGGUUCUCGAGCUUUUUUACAGCAGGCUUCUCUACAACAGAUGGAAGGUUUUCGAGCUUCUUUACAGCAGGCCUCCUUAGAACAGACGAUGACGCAAGAGUCUCAGAGUUUCUCACAGCAGGCUGAACAGACAGUAGCACAACAGCAGGUUGCAUGGAAUCUGUUUUUGCUUUUGUGUCUUGGCCUGCAUGCUAAUGAAUGA